CGCGCUCUCAGUGUCCUCUCCUACGCUGCCCUUUUUCCCUUGGUGCCAUCACCGUCGCGGCCAAAAUGUCGUCCCCAGCGACGACCGCAGCCGCCCUCUGUACCGAAUCACGUAAAUCCCACGUGGCCCCGGAGGCGGACUAUCUGAGCGCCGACGCCACUAGCAGCGCUUCUCCAGAGCAACGAAGCAUUGUCAACCACACGGCUGAGCCCUAUUCCUCCGCAAGUCCUCCUGAAACCCCGCGCUUGGAAGACCUCCAGCUCCGCGACAGGUCUCUCACCCCAGGAAAGUCGCGCAAACGCCAAUUGCCCCAGGAAUCAGCUGCUGCUGCCAGCGCUCCCAUUCGUCCACGGCCGCAGCCCAAUGUCUUCACUCCAAAUUAUGAUGAUGGAACCCACAGGGUCUUUGCUGGUGCCAGGAAGCACACAGCUUAUGACUUUGACUCACCUGUUGCCUCAAUGUCAGUGUUGGAGAAGAGAUCACAGCCCACAAAUGAGAUACCUGUCAACAAAUUGACCCUGCAGCCUGAGACCCGUCAGAUCACAGAAGAGCAGUUGAUCAAUGAAGUUCGCACCAUCUAUGCUGGCCUUGUCCUUGUGGAAAGAAAAUGUGUUGAGAUUGACCGCCAACAAGCCAACAAUCCUUCAACCCUGACCAAUGAACAAUGGCAGGCUCUCACGGCCUUGCAUAGGACCCUUCUACACGAGCACCAUGAUUUUUUUUUGGCAUCCCAGCAUCCGUCAGCAAGCCCUGCCCUCCAGAGGUUAGCCAGUCGCUAUGCUAUGCCUGCAAGGAUGUGGAGACAUGCGAUUCAUUCAUUCCUGGAACUUUUGCGCCACAGGCUCCCUGAGGUGCUGGACCACAUGCUUGCCUUCAUAUAUACCGCCUAUUCCAUGAUGGCCCUGCUCCUUGAGAGCGUUCCCAGCUUUGAGGAUACAUGGAUUGAAUGUUUGGGGGAUUUGGCCCGGUAUAAAAUGGCUGUGGAAGAGUCAGAUCUUCGUGACAGGGAGGUCUGGGCUGGGGUGGCAAGGUAUUGGUACAACAAGGCAGCUGACAAGUCUCCCAUGGUUGGGAGAAUUCAGCAUCAUCUUGCUGUUCUUGCCAGACCCAACAUUCUUCUUCAGCUGUUCUUCUACUCCAAAUCCCUCAUUUGCGUCCACCCAUUCCCAAACACCAAGGAUUCUAUCCUUCUUCUUUUCAGCCCCUGUCUGGAACAAAAGGAACCACUUCACCACCCUCCUCUGAUGUUAUCAUUUGUGCGAGCUCACGGAGUUCUUUUCAACAAGCAGUCAAUACUUUCAUUUCUUGAGUACGGGUAUGAAUUCAUAUCCUUCCUGGAAACACAGAUUGGCCGUGUGGGGUCAAAAUGGAGGGAACAGGGAAUCUACUUUGCUUCUGCAAAUUUUGUCUCUCUUUUUGAGUAUGAUCUUGGCUCUUUUAUUGGCAAGGCAUUUGUUGAGACCACCAACUCCCCUGUCAACAUCUCUGAAAUUAAAGAUUCCUACUACACCCAGCAUAGUACUCCUGCUUCUAAACUAUCCUUGCACCCUGUGUCUCAUUCUGGUCAUUUCCAAACCUCUGUUGAAGUUAUUUCUUAUGCCUCUUGUUUUGCAUUCCACACUCUUGCAUUGGUGCUAAAACAUAUUGGUGAUAAAAAUGUUCUCCCCCAUGUACAUGUCUCUUUGGCAUUUCUGUGGUCUUUGGCAUUGGUUCCUGAGGGUAUGUCAUAUGCUCAGUCUGAAAUACCAUGGCAGGCGUUGGUGACAUUCCUAAAUACACUAAACACACAGGGCUUGAAUGAAUCUCGUUUGAAGAGUCAAAGUUUUCCCAUGCCAGAAAGUGGAAUGAAGUGCCAUCUUCCAGAAGAUUUCUCUAUGCGUGGAUUGAUUUGGAGCCAACUAUAUUAUCCUUCCGGGUUUUUCAACUUUUCCACUUUGGAAGAUGACGAGGAGCGGUCUUUGGAACCCCCCAGCAUUACAGCACCAAGAACUGAAAGGUGUCUCUGGAUUGGCCAUCGUCUUGCAUCUCUUGAUAUCUGGAUCUCCUUUAAUGAACAACAGAAGAAGUUUAUUGUUAAAGAUUUCGCUCUGGAGCUUGAAAAUUAUGCACAAGGCCCGGCACUUUUUGAUGAAGCAGGUCGAUUCUUUAGCGAAAGAGAGCGUGUGGAGACAAAAUGUGAAAAGAAGGACAAUGACAUGCACAUGAUGGAUAUAGGGCCUGUACAAAUGGCUGACCAUGAUCCUCGAUCUGUUGACGGCACUUAACACCGGUUGGAUAUUACAGGAUCAAGUCACAAAGCAUACACGAUGACGGUAAAACACAAGACAAGUACACCGCCGACAGCCGGACGAACCUAGUACAACAAUGCCGGAAGAAAUGCACUACAUGGCUCAUGCAAGCAUCGCAUCGGCUACUUAGUUUUGCUCAAUGCCGGUUUAGGACAGAGGGCGCUUGGAUGACAGUGCGGCUGGGUCGGUGCUUACAGACCGAGGUGGUUUUGGAUACGACUUGUUCAGGAAGACACUCUACAUACAUGCCAUUUAUUAUUCUUAUUAUGGGAUUGGAUAUUACAUGGCGUUCGAACUUUAGGCCGCUAAAGGAAUGGAGUGGAGGGGAGUUUGCUUCUGGGGAGAGAGGAGAAGAAGGUUGAGCAAUAUUGGCUUGGAUUGAUGGGGUUUGGGUUGUGUGGUGUAUUGUAGUGCAAGCUGGUUUUCUUUUUUUGAAAAAAGAGUUGGAAUAAAAAAAGAAGGGAAAAAAAAGAAAAAUAGUAACCAGGUCUAAUAAUUUUAGCACAGUAGUAUAUAUUUUUG